AUGGUCGGUGGUCCUCCUCCCAUCAAUACCGGUGCUCCAGUUCCUGGAUACCCUCCUCCGAUGCAGAUGCAAGGCGGCCCGCCGGUCCCUGGUGGCCCUCCGGGUUACACUGGCGGGGCUGGCUACCCCCCGCCAGCUCCUCCCCAAGGCCAGCCUUUGCCCACAGCUCCAUACACGAGACCUGCUGCCGAAGUCGAGGGAAACAGCAGGAGUAAAGCUCAGCUGAUCGUCGGCAUCGAUUUUGGCACGACAUUCUCCGGUGUCGCUUUCGCAUUCGCAACAAACAAUGAGGCGAAGGAGGACAUUAUCACAGAGUGGCCGGGUGCUGGUUCAUAUACAAAACAGAAGAUUCCUACCGUUCUGUAUUAUGAUCAGUACCAAAAAGUGGUUGGCUGGGGACCAGAUAUUGCCGAUGCUCUAGCUCCCACAGGAUACCCGAAACCGGGCGUGCAGAAGGUUGAGUGGUUCAAGCUGCAGCUGAUGCUCUCCGGAAACACUUAUAUCGACCCGAUCAACCUGCCGCCUCUGCCUCCAGGAAAGUCUGAGAUCGACGUAGCGGCCGACUACCUCUUCAAGCUGCGACAGGCCAUGCGCGCAGCUCUCCAGAAGACUCUUGGUGAGGUGUUCAACCGUGAGGAGAGAAAUAUCCGCUAUUACCUGACCGUGCCUGCUAUCUGGAACGAUGCUGGAAAGGCUGCGACGAGAGCCGCUGCCAUUCAAGCUGGCUUCCUACGGGACGAAAAUGACAACCGUCUGACCCUUGUCAGUGAGCCGGAAGCCGCAGCUCUGUUCUGCUCAAAGACCGGUCUCCUGAAUCUGAAGGUACAUGAUGCUGUGCUCAUUGUUGAUUGCGGUGGUGGUACCGUCGAUUUGAUUGCGUACGAAGUCGAGGACGAAAACCCAUUCACCGUCGCUGAAUGCACGGCUGGUUCUGGUGACUCUUGCGGUUCAACAGCUCUGAAUCGUAACUUCAGCAAUAUUCUCCGCACCAAGAUCCGCAAGAUGAAGCUCCCUGAUGGAUCCAAGACCGCCGGCCGAGUGUACGCCAAGUGCAUCAUGGACUUCGAGAACAGAAUCAAGGCCGAUUUCCGAAACAACGGUCAGAAGUGGGCUGUUGACGUUGGUAUCGAGGCCGAGUUCCCUGAGGCUGGCAUCGAGGAGGGUUACAUGACCUUCACCAACGAGGAAAUUCUGCAGUGCUUCGAGCCUGUCGUCAACCGCAUUCUCGAGCUUGUCCGUAACCAGAUCAUUGCCAUCCAGGCCCAGAACAGGACUCUCCAGAACAUCCUGGUUGUCGGUGGUUUCGGUGCCUCCGAGUACCUCUUCCAGCAGAUCAAGCUCCAUGUGCCUCCACAAUUCCAGUCCAAGGUUGUCCGACCUAUGGACUCCGUGGCUGCUAUUGUCAAGGGUGCCGUCACCGCUGGCAUUACUGAGCGUGUCAUCACCCACCGUGUAGCCCGCCGACAUUACCUCAUGGCCACUCUCCAGCCGUUCAAGGAGGGUUACCACCCAGAGGCGUAUCGUGUGCCUUCUCUCGACGGAAAGGACCGCUGCAAGUUUACUAGGCAGAUAUUUGUGCAGAAGGGCCAGAAAGUCAAGAUCGGCGAGCCCGUCAAGGUCUCCUUUUUCCGACAGGUUGCCCCUGGCGCCACCCUCAUGUACGAGGAUAUAUUGUAUGCUUGCGACGAUGAUGUGUGCCCGGAAUACACCAAGGAUCCCCGCAUCAAGGAGGUUGUCACCCUUACUUCAGAUCUAUCGCGGAAGAACCUGGAGAAGGACUUCGAGCGCAUGGAUACCCCACAAGGCACAUUCUACCGGGUCUACUUCGAUAUCUACCUGACACUAGACGGUUCCGAGUUCAGCGCCGAGCUUGUGUGUCAAGGAGAAGUCAUGGGACGGUGUAGAGCUCGCUUCAGGUAA